GUAGGAUAUUGAAAAAAAGUCAACAUUAUACGACUAUAUAGAUCUACUAGAUUUAGAUCUUUGAAGUUUGAAGUAUCUAGAUUAGAGAGAUCUAGAUCUAUUUCGUUUGUUUACUGACAAUAAUAGUGAUGUAGACCAGAUUUAAAUCAAUAAAUAGCAAACUAUCUAGAUCUAUAUAGACUUCUAGAACCAGACCCUAACAACGGCCUACUACGCCUACAUGUAGAUCUAGAAUCUAGAUCUUGAUCUAAGAGUAAGAAGUAAGACGUCUAGACUACUAGGAUUGAUAAAUCACAAGUCUGAAGUCGCUCACAAGACUAACUAGCUACAUGAAUAGUAUUAUGAUCUACUGGACUACUGUACUGAUGAUCAGAUCUACUAAUCUUUGAUCUAGUCUAGUCUAUAACUAGAUCUAGAAUAAUCUAUCCAUGAUUAUUUGAUAAAAUCAUUAAUAAUAAUAUGGCAGGAUUUUGUGUGUGCUGCUCAGCGUUGAAACCCAGGUACAAAAGACUUGUUGACAAUAUCUUUCCUGCCAACCCUCAGGAUGGACUGGUCAAAAGUAACAUGGAGAAACUGACUUUCUAUGCAUUGUCAUCAAGACCUGAAAAGUUGGAUAGAAUAGGGCAAUAUUUAGAGCGCAAAUUGAGCACAGACAUCAGUCGUCAUAGAAAUCAGUAUGUGUUUAUCUCCAUGGAAAUACUCGAUCAGUUACUGGUGUCUUGUCAUGCUCACUCGCUCAAUCUGUUUGUGGAAAGUUUCCUUAAAAUGGUCCAGAAGCUUUUAGAAUGCGGUGAUCCAAAGAUGCAAAUCAGAGCAACACAGUCUUUUGUAAAGUUUGCCAAUGUUGAGGAGGAUGCCCCUUCAUACCAUAGACGCUACGAUUUCUUUGUGUCCAAGUUUAGUUCUUUGUGCCAUAACAACCACCAAGAUGUACAGACAUGUAGAAAGCUUCGUCAGGCAGGGCUGAAAGGUCUGCAAGGUGUGGUGCGGAAGACCAUCAGCGAUGACCUUCAGGUGAACAUCUGGGAAGCUGUGCACAUGGACAAAAUUGUUCCCUCGCUGCUCUUUAACAUGCAGGAAAGUAAUCAUGGUUCCGACGGGGAUCAUGGUGAGGCAGACACACCGCAAGAGGAUGAUGAUCCAGCACAUUUAGCUGAAGUGGUGUUCCGAGAUCUUAUCUGCCGGGCAUCUUAUGGCAAUAUUAAAUCUGUUUUAUCUCCAGUAUUAACACACCUUGACAAUCAUAAUUUAUGGGUUCCUAAUGAUUUUGCUAUUAGAUUGUUUAAGAUUAUCAUGUUCUCUGUACAGAGUCAGUAUGGUUAUUUGGUGGUACAGAUGUUACUGUCUCAUGUGGACAAAAAUGCCAAGAGUGACCCUCGCAUUAAAACCUGCAUUGUAACAGUAUUAUAUGAAGCUGUGCUUAUAUCUGCUGGAAACUCAACCGGCCCAUCAGUCUUGGAAGUUUUCAACAACUUGCUACGACAUCUUAGGAUCUCCAUUGACAGGAAGAGCUCUGAUGAGCACCAGCGCAAUGAAGAAAUUAAGUUUGAAGAAGUUGUGGUCAAUACAAUAGGUGAGUUUGCCAACAAUCUUCCAGACUACCAGAAAAUUGAGAUUAUGAUGUUUGUCCUUGGCAAGUUUCCUCAGUUCACGAAUGAAGAGGAGAUUGGGAAGAUGGACAAACAGCUUUCUUUUAAUUUACUACGGACAUUGCUGAAGGUCGCUACCAAAUAUAAAACAGUCAGUUUGUCUCAGGCUUUCCCUCCAGAGUUUCUGCACCCCCUGUUGCGUAUUUCUCUGAUUGAUGACCCUGGCAUGCGUAUUAUUGUCCAAGAGAUUCUGCACACACUAUUAGAUCGCCAUGGAAACUCGUUUAAGCUUAAGCACAUAAGCUUGCCAGAAGAUAUAUCUUCUUUACACUUGACUAUCAAAACUAAUGAUCGACAUGAUCUACUUUUUAUGAAAAAGAGUGGAAUGCAACUUUACUGGCACAUUCUGGAGAAUUUGCAGCUUGAGUCUAACAAAGUGGACAACUUUGAGGCCAUCUAUUGCACCAUGUGUUUGUUGGGGAUUGAAGUAGGUCAGGAUGAAGUGAUAAUUGAGUUGGUUCGACUGGCUUUAGACAUUCAGCAAAUGACUCUAAGCAGUUCUCUUCCCAAGACUCACAUAUGUGCCAUACACAGUCUUGUUGUGGCUUUUCUUAACAUGCUGGGACAAGUCACACAGGUCAAUGCUCUGUCCCUUCAUGCUCUUAGGGUUGCUGAAAAUAGAGAAAAUGAAGCACCUUACCUUCUGCCAGAUUUUGCCUUCAAUCGUAAAAACAGACCAAAUAGCUGGUCAGAGCUUCAGGAGUCCGACCUCUAUCCUAAAGAUACAGAGAUCAAAGAGUCCUGCCUGUUCCAUCAGGACCGGCUGGCAGAGUGCCUACGCAGUGCUGGCCUGGAUGUGACCCGAUUGAGCACACCAUUUUCCGCACGACCUAAUUUAGGAUACGGAGUAGUAGGCUCUGGUGAAGGAGGAACAAGUGUCAGCGAUGUAGGAUCUAUUAAUAUUGAUUUUGAAAAUACAGAUGGCUCCCCAAGGAUAUCUAAAAAAACGGAUGAGAUAACAGUUGAGUCUCUCAAAAAAAUGUUAGCUGAAGACAGCUCAGCUGGCAAAGCUGAAGAAGAAAGACAUCGCAGAGAAAUAGUUCACAUGUUUCGGUCGGCACCCUUUGAAGAAAUCGUUGCUCGCUCGGAAGCUAUAUCCAAUCAUUUUCAUAGCAAGUUGAAUGAGAUACUGGAAAUAGUUUCCCAAGACCGUAUCGCCACUGAGCCACAGACCCAGGAGAUUGUUUACCCCAAGUUAUUUGUGUACUAGUAAUAGCCUGUUACAAACUAAACUGUCCAGGUGUUACAAGAGAAACCACAAGGUGCUAGAUACUGGUAGCCAAAAAAAGAAAAGGGUACUUAUUGUAAAGAGUGUGCACAUAUAUAUAUAUAUACUGUACUAUAUUAUGUGAAUCAUUAAUGUGAUAUUACCCAUAGACUGAUAUAAUUUCUUUUUUUUUUUUUGGAUAUUACAUGCUAUAAGAGGGGGGCGUUUGUCAAUUGUGAACCAAGCCUAGACCCUUACUGUAGAUUUGUUUUCAUUUUAAAUUAUGUUUGGUGGGAAAGGAGCUUUUUAACUAGAACAAAUCCCAAUAUAUGCUCUUUUUACAUCAUCAAAUGUCCAUGAACAGGUUGUUUAACUUUUUACAAUAGUUAGGCCUUUGUGAUUUUAACACUAAAUAUUGGUCUCUGUUCUUCAUCAAAUGUCCAUGAAUAGGUUGUUUAAAUGUUUUUUACGACAAUUGUUAUGUGAUUUUAGGACUAAGUGGCUGUGAUAAAAAAUGUCAACUUGUCCAGUAUCUGGAUGGCAUCAGGUUUUGUUAUGUUCUGUGACCCAAUGCUCCUGAUGGCUAGUUAUGUUUAGCUCAAUUGUAUUUCGAGUGUGUGUGUGUGGUAUUUUUACACUUUAAGCAUUCACUUAAUAAAAUGUUGACAUACUUUGC